AUGGCAUCGAAUGACAACAAUAGCUACAGACCAGAGCCAACGCGUCUAGUGCUCCUCAACGAGGUCGCACAGCAGGAAGCAGGCACCAAGAUUCGCUUCUUGGGAUGCGUACACGAGUACAAUGUCCCUGCCGGAAUGUUGAUGCUACGAGACGAUUUCCCUGUGGUCACCAACACCGGAAGUACCAUCAUGGCUAAGGUGGACAACGAAAUGCUGUCUCUGAACACGGAACUGCUUGAGACUGGCGCAUGGAUCAACAUCAUCGGCUAUGUCAGGAAGACUGUCAAAGUGAGAGUCCCGACCCGGGAUUUGUCGGGCAGGAGAGCUUCGAAGACCGCGAUCAAACUUCCUGUUGUCGAUGUCACGUUGGUCUGGUCUGCUGGAGCUAUUCAACACGACAAGUACCAAGCUGCCGUAAAGAGCUACCGGGGCACUACUUGA